AUGCUUAUGCACAGCAAAAUGGAUUUAGUGCUGCUUCUGAGGUUGCUGGUGAGUAUUGCGUCUAUUGCUCUACUUGGCACAAGCUGCAAUGGAGGCCAGUUGUCGGAAUCCACAACGUUAUUAAAUUUCAUUCGUGCAGUCGACCCCGAAAAUGUUUUGAGGAUUGAGAGAAACAGACUAAUGCCUGAUCCCUGCUCAUAUAAAUGGAAGGGUAUUAAAUGCAAUUCAGGAGGCACCACCGUAAUAGCAAUAAGACUUCUGAAUUUGAACCUUACAGGAAUUCUUGAUGUAGAAUCUCUAUGCAGUCUCCCAAAUUUGGAAGUGCUUAGCUUAUCCGGAAAUAGCAUUAAGGGAACUAUUUCUGAGGCAAUAUCGAAGUGCGAAAGUCUAAUAUAUUUAGACCUAAGCAGGAAUUCUUUAAGUGGGAGCGUACCUACUGCUCUUACUAAGCUAAAGAAUCUAGAGAGACUAGACAUUUCACAAAAUCAAUUCAUGGGUCGAGUUACAACCUUUGGAUCCUCAAAAAGGUCAUUUUUGUGCUUGAAAAAUGCCCGUAUAACCCAAGAUUUGAAAGAAAACGGAGAAUAUUCGAGUGCAAUUCAAGAAAAUGUUCCUCGAAAAGCAUUGUCAGAAAGCUCUCCUGAUGCAAAGUCGCAUAAAAAUUGGGGUCUUUGGAUAAUUUUGGGUCUUGGAAUUGUAAUCCUUUUACUGGUGUUACUCUUUGUGAUAAUAAGAGCUCUUAAACGAGCACGAGAGAAAGCAGCGUCAGCUAUUUCUUCAUCGAAAAAUCCUCCAAUCAAAGCUGCGGACGAAGUGCAGCCACAAGAAAGAAAGUCAGAGCUCGUAUUCUUUGUUGAACCUGAGGAAAUGUUUAAAUUGGAAGAUCUUCUGGAAGCAACGACUGGCUUGAAAAUGGAGGGGCUCUGCAGUAGCCUUUACAUUGUGCAACUGGAGAACGAUGCUAUUUUUGCUGUCAAGAGAUUGAAGAAACUGAGGGUAUCCUUUGAGGUGUUUGACCAGACAAUGAGAAAGAUUGGAAACUUGAAGCAUCCAAAUAUCCUUCCUCUGGUUGCCUUCCAUUCUACUAAUGAGGAAAAACUUCUGAUCUACAAGUACCAAAGGAAUGAGAGCCUGCUGACGCUGUUUGAAAACUAUAUUGAAGGCAAAAGAAAUUUUCCAUGGAAACCUCGGCUGUCAAUAGCAGCUGGGAUAGUAGAAGGUCUCAACUUCAUAUAUCAUCGGCCUGCUAAUGACGAAAUUAUCCCUCAUGGAAACAUUAAACUUUCAAAUAUCCUCUUAAACGACGAAGAAGAACCACUUAUAAGUGAAUAUGGAUAUUCAAAAUUUUUUGAUCCCAGUAGAGAUUGUCUCUAUAAGUCUAAAGGUCAUACCGCCCCAGAGAAAAGUUUAACUGAAAAGUCCGAUGUCUUUAGCUUUGGAGUGAUUCUGUUGGAGCUACUAACUGGAAAAAUUGUCGAAAACAAUGGAAUAGACCUUCCAAGGUGGGUAAAAUCUAUGGUGAGAGAGGAAUGGACUGUAGAGGUCUUUGACAAAGAAGUUGCUGAGAUUGAAAUGUAUGCUAUUCCUCUGCUGAAUGUUGCGCUGAAAUGUGUAUCACAUCGCCCCAGGAAGCGGCCAACCAUAGCUGAGGUUCGAGAGAAGAUUGCCGAGGUCGUGAGUGCCGUGGAAGAUCUUUCACCUUCGUCCGUGGCUUCCUCCGAAUUCAGCCAACUGGAUCGUCUUUCAAUCCCUUCUGUGACACCAGAGACAUAG